AUGGCUCUGCUGCUCGCAGGGCUCCUGCUGCUCCUGGGGCUCUGGGGGCUGCUCUGGACCUGCACCCACACCCCCUCCCCAGCCUUUCGUUGGCCCCCUGGACCAUGUCCGCUGCCGCUCAUUGGAAACCUGCAUUUGCUGCGUGUGACCCAGCAGGACCGGUCACUGAUGGAGCUCUCGGAACGGUAUGGACCGGUGUUCACUGUCCACUUGGGGCGCCAGAAGAUGGUGGUGCUGGCCGGCUAUGAGGCCGUGAGGGAGGCCCUGGUGGGCACCGGCUCGGAGCUGGCCGACCGACCCCCCAUCGCUAUCUUCCAGCUCAUCCAGGGAGGUGGGGGCAUCUUCUUCUCGUCGGGGGCCCGCUGGAGGGCCGCCCGCCAGUUUACUAUGCGCACCCUCCAUGACCUGGGCGCGGGGCGGGGACCCAUGGCUGACAAGAUCCUCCAGGAGCUGAGGUGCCUCAUGGGGCAGCUGGACAGCUAUGGAGGCCGGCCCUUCCCCCUGGCCCUGCUCGGCUGGGCUCCCUCCAACGUCACUUUCACGCUGCUCUUUGGCCGGCGCUUUGACUACCAGGACCCCGUGUUCGUGUCCCUACUGAGCCUUAUCGAUGACGUCAUGGUCCUCUUGGGGACCCCCAGCCUGCAGCUGUUCAACAUCUACCCCUGGCUCGGGGCUCUCCUCCAGCUGCACCGGCCCGUCCUUCGGAAGAUAGAGGAGGUGCGAGCCAUCCUGCGGACCCUCCUGGAGACACGGCGGCCCCUCCGGCCCGGGGCGGGCCCCGGGCACAGCUACGUGGAUGCCCUGAUCCAGCAGGGCCAGGGGAAAGACCCCCAAGGCCUGUGGGCUGAGGCUGACAUGCUGGCCUGUGUCCUGGACAUGGUCAUGGCCGGUAUAGAGACCACUUCUGCCACGCUGCAGUGGGCUGCCCUCCUGAUGGGCAAGCACCCGAGUGUGCAAGGCCGGGUGCAGGAGGAGCUGGACCGGGUGCUGGGGCUCAGGCGGCCCCCUCGGCUGGAGGACCAGCAGGCACUGCCCUACACCAACGCCGUGCUGCAUGAGGUCCAGCGCUGCAUCGCCCUCUUGCCCCAUGCGCCGCGGUGCCUGGCGGCCGACACCCGGCUGGGUGGCUACCUUCUCCCCAAGGGCACAACUGUGAUCCCUCUGCUGAGCUCCGUGCUCCUGGACAAGACGCAGUGGGAGACCCCUCGCCAGUUCAACCCGGGCCACUUCCUGGAUGCUGAUGGGCGCUUUGUCAAGCGGGCAGCCUUCCUGCCUUUCUCUGCAGGCCGCCGAGUCUGCGUAGGGAAGAGCCUGGCCAGGUCGGAGCUGUUUUUGCUGUUUGCUGGCCUCCUGCAAAGGUACCGCCUGCUGCCCCCGCCGGGCCUCAGCCCCGGCACCCUGGACACCACACCCACCCCAGCCUUCACCAUGCGGCCGCCGGCGCAGGCCCUCCGCGCAGUGCCCCGGGGAGCCAGGCCCCCUCCCCACCCUUUGCCCUCAGGCCCCGUGGGCAUCAGCGCUGCCUCUGUCUGCAUUCAGAGCCUCCCCAAACCUCAGGGUGCCCCCAUUCCCCAGUGUUCCCCACAGGGCCAGACUCAGCCAGGCACCCGCCUGCACUUGGGGUGCAGGGAGGCAGCAGACCCCUGCCUGUUCUUGGGGCUCCUGGAGGGCGUGCUGAGGAGGCACUCUGCCCUUGGAGCCCCAGGACAUGGGCCAGUCAAGGGACAGCUGCUACAAGAGGCUUGGGGACCUGCAGGGGUGACAGCAAAGCUGGGGGGUAAAGACAUCCAUCAAGGGGCCCAAGGUGUUGUGGGUCAGGAGGGGGCCGAUGGGCCCCUGAACGCGGGCUCCUGUGGCUGUGGUGCCCCUGCCUCGUGGCUGUGA